UCCUUCAGUCAUAGUCUCACUGACCUAGACAUAACACAAGCACAGUUCAACGAGAGCAAGAAGACAAUGAAGACUAUUGCAGCUUUUGUUCUUCUCAUCUGCCUGAUCGCUGUAGGGGUGAAAGGACAGGACAGGUCUUCAAAGGGCAGGUGCUUCUGUGCAGACAAAGGUGCAAACAUGGUUUUAGUCAAGAACAUCGAGAAGGUUGAAAUCAUUCCUCCAAGUCCAUCUUGUCGCAAACAUGAGAUUAUUGUCACUCUGAAGAAUGGCGCAGGACGGAAAUGCAUGAAUCCAGAGUCAAAAUUCACUCAAAAUGUCAUCAUUAAGGCUCUUGAAAAGAGGUGA